UGCUGAGGAGCCGGGGGGUUUAGCGCGGGCCCGGCGCCGCGGGGUCUCGCCUCUCGGACAGUCGCUCUUACUGCGGGAUUCCUUCUCCUCGCCGCGUCCCCCGGUGAUGUACGGAGGGGGCGGAGGUUCUCGACGGACUGCAGAAGAAGCAGGGCCGCCGCCCCUAAUGUUGUUGUCAGGCGGGGGAGCGGUGCCUGGGCCCCCCGGAGGAGGUGGAGGAGGAGGUGGAGGUGGGAAUAGCCGUGUGGAGCUGCUGGUGUUCGGCUAUGCCUGCAAGCUGUUUCGAGAUGAUGAGAAGGCUCAGUACCAGGAGCAGGGGCGACACCUUAUUCCUUGGAUGGGAGACCCCAAGAUCAUGAUCGAUAGGUACGAUGGACGUGGUCACCUGCAUGACCUUUCUGAAUAUGAUGCUGAAUAUUCCACAUGGAACAGAGAUUAUCAAUUGUCUGAGGAGGAAGCUAGAAUAGAAGCCCUCUGUGAUGAAGAGAGGUAUUUAGCCUUGCAUACGGACUUGCUUGAGGAGGAGGCGAGGCAAGAGGAGGAAUAUAAAAGACUGAGUGAAGCUUUGGCAGAGGAUGGUACCUAUAAUGCAGUGGGAUUCCAUUAUGGCAGUGAUUAUUAUGACCCUUCAGAACCCACUGAGGAGGAGGAACAUCAGCCUACAAAACAAAGAGAAACAGCUCAGACAGAAAACACAGAAGAAAAUGAAGAGCCUUUUGUUGCUCCCCCGGGACUGAACGUACCUUCUGAUGUGGAAUUGCCACCAACAGCAAAGAUGCAUGCCAUUAUAGAACGCACUGCAAACUUUGUCUGCAAGCAGGGAGCACAGUUUGAGAUUAUGCUAAAAGCCAAGCAAGCACGCAACUCCCAGUUUGACUUCUUGCGAUUUGAUCACUACCUCAAUCCCUACUACAAAUUCAUUCAGAAGGCGAUGAAAGAGGGACGAUAUGCUGCUCCUUCUGAAAGUAAAGCGGACGAGAAGAAAAACUCAAGAGUCAAAUCCGAGGAAGAAGAUGAUGACGACGAUGAUGAUGAUGGAAAUUACCUGCAUCCAAGUCUCUUUGCGUCUAAAAAAUGCAGUAGGCUUGAAGAGCUCAUGAAGCCUUUGAAGGUGGUAGACCCUGAUCAUCCACUUGCUGCCCUGGUGCGCAAAGCGCAAUCAGAUAAUAACUCCUCUACACCACAGUCAACAGAUGGGGCAGCUGUACAGACAUCACAAGCAGAGUAUUCUUCUGAUUCAACUGUGGCAGCCAUGUAUUAUAGUUACUAUAUGCUACCUGAUGGAACCUAUUGCCUUGCGCCUCCACCUCCAGGAAUAGAUGUUGCUACCUACUACAAUGCAUUGCCUGCAGGAGUGACUGUAUCAAGCACUACAGGGGUAGCAACUGUACCUCCACCCCCUGGUACUACUCCUCCACCUCCCCCAGACACAACUGAUAGCAGCAGUGCAUUGACUUCUACCACAACAUCUACAAGCACAAUUGCUCCAGUGGUUGCCAUUAUACCUCCACCUCCAGAUAUCCAACCUGUUAUUGAUAAGCUAGCUGAGUAUGUUGCUAGGAAUGGGAUAAAAUUUGAGACCAGUGUUCGUGCCAAGAAUGAUCUCAGAUUUGAGUUCCUGCAACCAUGGCACCAGUAUAAUGCUUAUUAUGAAUUUAAAAAACAGUUCUUCCUUCAAAAAGAGAGCAGUGACAACUGUCAGGGAGUAUCUUCAUCUGAAGAUGUUCCAGCUGAUACCGCCGGUGAUGCACCAAGUGAGACUCAAUUUGCAGAUGAACAUGCACCUGAAGAUGCAUCUGAGCCCAGUGCUAAGGGAGUUCCAGGAACUAAAAAGGAUGUUCCUCCUAAAACUAUCAGUGAUGGUAAAUUGGUGAAAGCAUCAUUUGCUCCGAUAAGCUUUGCAAUCAAGGCCAAAGAAAAUGACCUUCUUCCUUUGGAGAAAAACCGUGUAAAGUUAGAUGAUGACAGUGAUGAGGAGGAGGAAGAGGGCAAGGAAGGCCAAGAGACUGCUAAUAAUGCUUCAAACCAUACUCCAGCUGUUACCACUCCUUGUAUUCCUACUGAAGAGAGAAAACCUCAACUUACCCAGGAGGAGCUGGAAGCUAAACAAGCAAAGCAGAAACUAGAGGAUAGAUUAGCAGCUGCAGCAAGAGAGAAGCUUGCCCAGGCCUCUAAAGAAUCGAAAGAAAAGCAGCUACAGGCAGAGCGCAAAAGGAAGGCUGCUCUGUUCCUGCAGACCCUCAAAAACCCUUUGGCAGAGGCAGAAACUGAGAAAAUUGAGGAGAAUUCCUUCAGUAACGAGAGUGUCAACAGUAUACCAUGUCCUGUGACUGCAGUCAGAACUUUACCCACCUUUGAGGUUAAACAAGCAGAAAGGCCUUCAAGCAAAAGCAAAGAUCUUCCUAGGGAUGAAGAAAAAGAAAAGAAAAGAAAAAAACACAAGAAAAGAUCUCGGACAAGAUCUCGGUCACCAUUCAAGUAUCAUUCAUCGUCUAAGUCCAGAUCUAGAUCACAUUCAAAAGCAAAGCACUCACUUCCCACUGCCUAUAGAACUGUCAGGCAUUCAAGACUCACAGCAUCCACAGGGACACUGAGCAUGGAGCCAACUCUGAGCAGCUCAUCAAUGGCAGCAGCAACAGAGCGGGAAAAUUAUCAGGCAACUUCGACAGCGAAAAGAUUUGACUGCUGGAGCUCUUUUGAGGGAAAUCCUGGUAAAAUGUCAAGGUCACGAUCAAGGUCACCCAGGAGAAGGGCUCACACACCAGAGAGGCGGAGAGAUGAAAGAAGUGUUCCCACAGCCUAUCGCAUUAGUAACAGUCCUGGAAACAGCAGGAAACGUCCACGUUCCAAAAGUCCCCAUGAAAAGAAGAAGAAGAGGCGGUCUAGAUCACGUACCAAGUCCAAAGCUAGGUCUCCUUCACCAUCCAUGUCACCAGGCAAACCAUCCACACACAAAAAUUCUGUACAUUCAACUAGUGUCUCUCCUGUGGAGAGCAGGGAAUCCAGCCAGGAACGCUCCAGGGGAGUUUCUCAGGAAAAAGAUGGCCAAAUCUCUUCAGCAAUUGUGUCUUCAGUGCAGAGUAAAAUCACUCAGGAUCUUAUGGCCAAAGUGAGAGCAAUGCUUGCAGCUUCCAAAAACAUACAAACUAGUGCCUCCUGAGACCUGUUGAACUGACCAUUAAGGAAUUGUGUGAAAAAGAACAAUAUUAAAAGAAACUGCCUCAUCUCAAAUGUACAGCUGAACUUGGCUCACUUGGUUCACAACUCGUCUACUAUUACCAGAACUUGGGGAGCUAAAACCUAUCUUUCUGUACAGAAGCGUCUCCUUGGAAUUUCAUUAAACUUUUUCAGCCAGAAUAUCUUUGGGAAGUUUUUGGUUUUUGUAAAUUGAUUUUUUGACUAAUUCUUCAGUAACAUUUUAUGAUCAGCAGUCUAUAUGUGUAUAUUUGUAAAUACCAUGUUUCUGUGAAAGAAGUAUUACACAAUAAUAAAGAAGGAAACAUCUUUCAUUAGCUA